AUGGAAUAUCUGGAGAGAGAUCAACCAAGAAAGCACCGAACUAUCAAAACAAAUCGGAGAUGGGGUCAACAAAAUGACCGAACUAAUACAAGAACUAGACAAGAUUUAUUACGAAUCUCGGCAAGUCGAUUAUAUUGGACGGCCACUUUCUUAUCAUCUUGCACCAUCGCUGUUCAUCUUCUUGGGUUGAGAGUUGAUCCCAAGCUCUGUUCUGUUUCCGGUAUAGUGUUCGUGUUCUUGUCGGCGUUGGUCAGCAUUGGGCUGUUCGUUGCCAUUGUUCGUUUAUGGAGUGAUAACACAGUCAACAGUCAAGCUCGUUUGUAUAGUAUUACCACAAACGAGCAUUGGAAGUAUUGGAAAAAUAGUUUGAAUGAAAUCAUCGAUGGUAUCAGAAACCCCAUGGGUCAUAUUGCGAGGCAACGAAUUGUAAAUGUUUCCGAUGCCCGGUUCUUCUAUUAUAAGGUAGAGUUCCGUGAUUUCUAUACGAUCAGGAAAAAAUCCGAAAGUUUAGUUUUUACAACCAAGCAGACAAUAAAUCCUCUUCGCGUAUCCUCCACGACUGAACCACAAACAACAACAUCUUUGCAUAUCAGCCACCACUGGACAACAAACUACGGUGUUCUUACAUUUGCCGUGGCAUAUCCCCAACCCAACGACUCAUUAACUAACGGACAGUCAAAUUACUAUCAACGACGAGGAAUUCGUUAG